AUGGUUACUAAGCAAAUCGACGUCGAUGUUUUGGUUAUCGGUGCUGGCCCAACCGGUCUGGGUGCUACUAAGCGUCUCCAGCAGGUGCUAGAAAACGCCUCAUGGUUGAUUAUCGACUCGAAUGAAACCGCCGGUGGCUUGGCUUCUACCGACAUUACCCCAGAGGGUUUCUAUUUUGAUGACUGCCUCAAUGAAGCCCUUCCCAAGGCCGAGGAUUGGUAUGAGCACCAGCGUGUCUUCUUCGUGCGCUACGAUGGUCGUUGGGUCCCCUACCCUUUCCAGAACAACAUUUCCGUCUUGCCCAAGGAAGAACAGAAUACCCGUAAUGUUGGCGAGCGACUGAAUGAGAUCUUCAUGCGUCCGUACAAUUUCAAGGUCUGGGCUCUGUCCCUAAGUAAGAUGAAUGCUACCUGGCUAGGUGAGCGUGUUGCCGCACCCGACCUGAAGUUGUUGACCAGCAAUGUCAUCCUGAACAAGGUGGCCGGCAACUGGGGCCCCAAUGCCACUUUUAAGUUCCCGGCUGAGGGUGGUACUGGGGGUAUCUGGAUUGCUGUGGCCAAUACCAUUGCUAAGGACAAGACUCGCUUUGGUAAGCAAGGAACGGUGGUCAGGGUUGAUGCCGAUGCUAAGAAGGUCUACCUGAAGGACACUGAAGCCAUGGCCGAUACCAAGCUGCAGCAGCUGUGCAAGCCCCUCUUCUACUCUUCCACCAAUGUCAUCGGUGUCGGUGUUCGUGGCAAGCUCCCUGGACGCAUCGGAGACAAGUGCUGGGUCUACUUCCCCGAGGACAACUGCCCCUUCUACCGUGCCACCAUCUUCUCUAACUACUCCCCUAACAAUCAGCCGAAGAAGGACACCAAAUUGCCUACCAAGCAACUUGCCAACGGCUAUAGACCCGCUUCUUCCGAGCCCAAAGAAGGACCAUACUGGUCUAUCAUGUUGGAGGUUUCCGAGUCGCAGUACAAGCCCGUCAACCACGACACCCUGUUAGCCGACAGCAUCCAGGGUUUAAUCAACACCGAAUUACUUUGGCCUGAGGACGAAAUCGUCAGUACGUACGUGCGUCGUUUUGACCACGGCUACCCGACCCCCAGCUUAGAGCGUAACGGUGCACUGGACGAGAUCUUGCCUUACUUGCAGCAGAAGGAUAUUCUCUCACGUGGCCGCUUCGGUUCGUGGAAGUAUGAAGUCGGGAACCAGGAUCACAGUUUCAUGUUGGGGGUCGAAGCUGUUGACCAUAUCGUCUCUGGUGCUGUCGAGCUCACCUUGGCCUACCCGGACUUUGUUAAUAGCCGUGCUAACACUGAGCGUCGCUUAGUGUGA